AUGGGCGAUACCUCAAGUAUCCCUAGUCCCAAGUCGGCCUCAACUGAGACGUCCAAGCGCCGCACGAAUACAGAAGCAUACAAAGCGGAAACGCUGGAGUUCCUCGACAAAGCAUGGGGAAAAGAAGAGUGGAAGCCUCCAACCAAUAUCCCGCGCCGUGACGGCAAGGGCACGCCAUUCCCUCCGAACAAACCCUGGACUGUGGGCGAGCUUGAUGUGCUCAAAGACAUCACCAUAGCUGCCCUGAGCAGAGAUAUUCUCCCUCUUUGCGCGCUAUAUGAACCCGGAGGAGCCAUAUUCGAGGCCGCUGUUGAUUCUGGGCAGCUUCGGUGGUGCAUCAAGGUUUGCGCCAACGCUCGUCGUGUGGUCAGGGAGAGUGCAGAACCUCGUUUGACAAAGAAAGAAGUCUUUGACAUGGUAAUGGCUGGUACCCUCGGCGGCAAAGCUCAGGUUCGCGACUUGGAAGCUGCAACCGAGGCGUAUUACAGUUGUAUGGAUUACGUUGACUGCCUGUUAGAAACGCCAAGUUUUGCAGAUGCGCGACCUGUUUGUUUUUGGGAACUGGCGACAAGAUCAUCUUGGAUACCCCUUACGGCAACUUGCCUUGCGUUGAGUUGA